UCUCUGUCCCUGUCUCUCUCUCUCUCUUCUUUCUUCUCUCUUCCCCCUUCUCCCCCCCCCCCUUCUCUCUGUCUCUCUGCAAAUCCUUCCCUAUCCGGCCACUUCCGGCAGCGGCGCCACCUGCACCGCCGUCCAUAAACCUCAGAUCGGCCAGCCUUCUCAGAUUCCGGCCACGGCUACUCCGAUCGUUCGACCGCUCUGUCUCCCUCUCAUUUACUGCGAAAUUUUCAUUACUACCUAUUUCUGGUGGUUCCGAUUUGAACGUUUAAAAAAUGUUUCCGCCGAUUUUACUUUUUUGUCCUCGGUGGGUUUUGACGCUCGGAAGCUGACGUGGACGGCACUAGAUCAACGGACGGACGGCCACGAUGAGCCACCACCCUCGCCCAAUCUUGACGCCCGGGGCCACCAGGAAGCGCAAAGAGAUAGAAGCUCUUCACCCCGUGAAACCCUCGGCGCCGCUGUCACCGGCGGUUACCUCCCCGAUUCCUUCCAAGCCAGCUGAGCCGCCCUCUUCCAAUCUGCUCCUAGCCGGGUACAUGGCUUAUGAGUUCCUGACGAAAGGCACUCUUCUCGGGCAGAAAUGGGACCCGGCCCGAGCCGAGGCCGUUCCUGUGUCGAACGGCUUGGCACAGCCGAAGAAAACGAAGCUGAGCGCUGAAGCCGAGCCAAGCGGGAGAGCGAAGCCGAACAACAAACAGAGCUAUGCUGAGGUGGCAAGCCUGUUGAAGGCAGACGGGGUCCACCUUCCGGGGAUUGUCAACCCUACCCAACUCGCUCGGUGGAUUCAGAUGUGACAGGAUGGAUCAGAAUUGAUCAAAAAUCAAAUGCAAUCGCGGCAGCCCUGAUUGGGCACCUUUUGCGGUAAGCAAGGCCCUGCCUUAGAGGAUCAGAAUCUCCGACGAAAGGUGGUGAGUUCCGUCCAAACCAUGAAGGCUCUAUAUAUAACCCCGCCCGAAAUUUCAGAAUCGUUGGCAACUCCUGACAACUGUGGCCUGUGGGUUUUUCCUUUAUAUAUAUAUAUAUAGCUCGAUCUUAAUGCUUUGUUUUUGCUCUCUCUUUUCAAACCUUAGAUAUCGUUAAUUUCGUUUUCUUCUAGUGCAAGCAGCUGUCUGAGCUUGUGUGUAUUUCGUACCAGAAAUCUACCAAUAUGUAUAUGCAUGGCGGAUGAUCAUCA